AUGGAUCUGCGGCUUAGCGCGGAUGGAAAGCCGGUGUCCUGGAUCCUCGCUUCGGCCCUGGUUCUCUCCUCCCUGGGUGUUUUUGUGAGCUCCCACGGCACCUGUAACCACAAGGUCCCCAGACCAGAUGAAGUAAACCACGUCUACCUUCCGCACGAGCGUUUGACAAAGAGAAGCUCCGAGGACAAUCUACAGCUGAGAAUAAAGAUCAUUUACGACUUCAGCGUCGACCAGCUUCCUGCCAAUCAAAGGCGGCUGGUCAAAGAGAAGCUGUUUCCUGAGGCCAUUGAUUACCUCCAGAAAGUCUUCAGCGUCAGACACAGAGUGGGACCUGUGCUCCUCAGCAGGCAAUGUUUCACAAACCAGUACCUGCGGAAAAGAGAUGAUCCUCACCGCUACUGUCAGGGCGCUUGUGCUGAAGUCACCAAAUGUGGACCGGUCACUGUGCCACAGCACCACCUGCAGCAGUGUAAGGUGUGCAGUGAGUCGGGGAAGUCAUGUGGUCCAGCUGGUCCUGCUGAUGGUCCUGGAGUGGAUGGUUCUGACUUUGUUCUGUACGUGAGCGGGAUCACCACUGAGCGCUGUGGGCAGGAGAACAUCGUGGCCUACGCUGCCUAUUGUCAGCUGGAGGCACAGCUGGAUCGACCGAUAGCCGGCUACGCUAACCUGUGUCCAGCCAUGAUCUCCUCUCAGCCGCAGGAGUUUGAAGGAAUGCUCUCCACGGUCAAACACGAGAUCAUCCAUGCCCUGGGUUUUUCUGCAGGACUUUUUGCUUUCUUCCACGACGACGAAGGCAAACCUUUCACUCCUCGCUUUGCCAGUGGACUCCCGCCCUUCAACGAGACUCUGGGGCUGUACCAGUGGAGUGAGUCUGUGAUCAGAAGAGUGAGCAGACUGUGGAACACCCGAGGAGGACGGCUGCUGCAACACCAGGUGCACCUGCUGGUCACGCCCAGAGUCAGGGAAGAAGCCAGGAGGCACUUUGACUGUCCCAUUCUGGAGGGGAUGGAGCUGGAGAACCAAGGAGGAACUGGCACCGAACUCAACCACUGGGAGAAGAGGCUGCUGGAGAACGAGGCCAUGACGGGCUCGCACACUCAGAACAGAGUGUUUUCGCGGCUGACCCUGGCGCUGAUGGAGGACAGUGGAUGGUACAAAGCUAACUACAGCCUGGCCCAGAGUCUGGACUGGGGCCGUGGACUCGGCUGCGACUUCGUGAUGAAGAGCUGCAAGUUCUGGAUGGACAACCAGAGCCACAGGACUCUCUCUGUGGGUCCGUUCUGCUCCACAGUGCGAGCCUCUCCUCUGCAGCUCACCUGUCGACAGGAUCAGCUCGCUGUAGCUGUGUGCAACCUGCAGAAGCACCUCCAGGAGCUGCCCCCACAGUACCAGUACUUUGACCAGAUCGCGGGCGUGGCACCGGACGAGCUGGGGUUCUUCGGAGGAGCCGUGGAGAUCGCAGACUUCUGUCCCUUCAGUCAGGAGUUCAGCUGGCACCUGAGCGGAGAGUACCAGAGGAACUCGUACUGCCGCGUCCCUCAGAACCAGCCGGACUGGUGGAGGAACUAUGGCGCGGAGACUUAUGGUCUGGACUCCGUCUGUCUGUACCAAAAGUCUGCCUUCGUCAUGGAGCAGUGCACACGCAAAAUGAGCUACCCAGACUGGGGCUCCGGCUGCUACAAGGUGUCUUGCUCUCCUCAGGGCUUGCUGGUCCAUGUCCACAGCAGGACGUUCCUGUGUGUGAGACGGGGACAGUCCCUCACUGUCAGUGUCCAGGACAGAGACUGGGUCUACAACGGGGUCCUGGUCUGUCCCGACUGCUCGCUCUUCUGUGAGCUGUGCCCUCCCCCUCACCUGCUCUCCAACACCUCCAGGACCCCCCCCAUCGACCCAUGCUCCUCUUCCUCUGGUCUGGCCUUCACUCUGUGGCUGCUGCUGCUGAACCUGCUCCCCCUGCUGGCCGGACUGCAGCUCUGCACCUGCAGUUGA